AUGACGACGGAUGAACAAGAACUUUUGGAUUAUGAUGAAACAGAUGAACAAUCGACAACGGGUAAUCAUGCAUCGGCAACAGGAACCGGGAAUAAUGGUACAAUAGCAACAUCAAAAAUACAAAAUGGUAGUGAUGGUUCAUUACAACCAAAAAUUGGUCGUGGUACAUAUGUUAGUAUACAUGCAUCCGGUUUUAAAGAUUUUCUAUUAAAACCCGAACUACUACGAGCGAUUAUGGAUUGUGGUUUUGAACAUCCAUCUGAAGUUCAACACGAAUCAAUUCCGCAAGCAAUUCUUGGUACAGAUAUUGUCUGUCAAGCAAAAUCGGGUAUGGGUAAAACGGCUGUAUUUGUUUUGGCCACGUUACAACAACUAGAACCGGUAGAGGGACAAGUUGUUGCUAUAAUUAUUUGUCAUACGCGUGAAUUAGCAUUUCAAAUAAGUCGUGAAUAUGAACGAUUUUGUAAAUAUAUGACACAGGUUCGUGUUGCCGUUUUUUUUGGUGGUUUACCAACAAAAAAUGAUGAAGAUAUAUUGAAAAAAAAUUGUCCACACAUUGUUGUGGGUACACCUGGUCGCAUUUUGGCAUUGGCUAAAAGUAAAGCAUUAAAUUUACGACAUGUUAAACAUUUCAUAUUAGAUGAAUGUGAUAAAGUACUUGAAUCACUUGAUAUGCGUCGUGAUGUACAAGAAAUAUUUAAAUUAACACCACAUGACAAACAAGUUAUGAUGUUUAGUGCAACAUUAAGCAAAGAAAUUCGUCCGGUUUGCAAAAAAUUCAUGCAAGAUCCAAUGGAAAUUUACAUUGAUGAUGAAACAAAAUUGACACUACAUGGUUUACGACAACAUUAUGUUAAAUUACGUGAAAAUGAAAAAAAUCGUAAAUUAAUUGAUUUACUCGAUAAAUUAGAAUUUAAUCAAGUUGUUAUUUUUGUUAAAUCUGUACCACGUUGUACAGCAUUGUGUAAAUUACUUAGUGAGCAAAAUUUUCCUGCCGUUGAAAUACAUCGUGGAAUGCCACAAGAAGAACGUUUAUUACGUUAUAAAGAAUUCAAAGAAUUUCAGACACGUAUCUUGGUAGCAACAAAUUUAUUUGGUCGUGGUAUGGAUAUUGAACGUGUUAACAUUGUAUUCAAUUAUGAUAUGCCUGAAGAUACUGACACAUAUUUACAUAGAGUUGCACGUGCUGGUCGUUUUGGAACAAAAGGUUUGGCAAUAACAUAUGUAGCAGAUGAAAGUGAUGCAGCGAUAUUGAAUGAUGUACAAAGUCGUUUUGAAGUACAAAUUACAGAAAUGCCCGAUGAAAUUGAUGUCACCACCUAUAUCGAGAAUCGUUAG